AUGGUUGGCAUUCCCAGAACAAAGGCAUGUCAAAACUGCAAACGCCGGAGAGUGAAGUGUGACGAGAAAUGGCCGACAUGUUCACAAUGCAGGCGAUCGAAAACCCCCUGCCCAGGCCCAACGGCAACGGGGCUCAGGUUCGUCAACCACAAUGGUCCUGAGUCAGCAAGGCAGAUUGGCACCCUCGAGCAGGAGCUCUCGUCCAUCACUGCCAAGCCCGAGCAGAGAGUGAAAAGGAGUGUGAUCAAGAGAUUCGUCAUGGUCAACCCACCGCCUCGGACACCGCCAGUCGCUCCCGUCGACCACCUGUCGUCUUGUCUGGCCACCUUGCUAGAGUAUGGCCCAGAGGGGUGCACUUUUCUUCAAAAGAGCCCCAUCCGCUACAUCCCCCGGCGCUUGUCUCAGAGUAGCCCCGUUGUGGUGGACAUGAUCUCUCUGUUUUGCUCUGUCUGGACGGAUCACUGCCACCAACAGCCGCCGAGCCAGGUCACGUCCCGGCGCUACGACAAAGCGCUUCGGGGCUUACAGAAUGCCCUCCAGAAACUGCCCAAAGGACGGGUAGACAGGGCCCAGAUGAUCGACACGCUGACUGCCAUAACGCUGUUGCAGAAGACGCAGCCGUUACUGAGCAGAGAAGCCGACCCCAGCUGGGGAGUGCAUGCCGUGGCCAUCAAGCAUAUGAUGAUUGAGAUGGGACCGCCGGAAAAAGAUGACUCGUUUGAGGCAGCUUUGGUCAAGGAAAAUCGGUCUCUCCUGAUACGGAAUAGGAUGGCCGGGGGCCCCGAAGUGGACUUCUUGAACGAGUCUCCCUGGAAAGAGGCCAUGUACCGGCUUGGAACAGAAGAUUGGCUCGUUGACGAGCUGGAGCCCUUUGGUACCGAGGAUUGUUUCAAGAUCGAGCUUCGGACACCGAGAAUGCAGGAUUGGGUCGACUCCAUUGUUCGCAUCCGCGCCGAAGGCCCGUACACCGAGGAGAUGAAAGGCCUGUCCGCCGACGUAAUCAGUGAGAUGCUGGAACAUUCUGGACUUCUGCGCCGCACGAUUGGAGUUACCACCAAAGCGCUGCUGGCGCGUGAGACCAUGGUUGUCAAGAUGGAUCCUAGCGAGUCGGUUGCGUUCAUGCACAAGAGCUACUCAUUCUCGCACGCCUCGGUUGCGGCGAUGUUUUGCAUACUGCAUUCUGUCCAAGUCAUCGUUCUCCGGUCGUUGUAUGAGCUCAGCGUCCUGUACGACGAGGUCCCUGACGAAGCGUUGUACACGGAGUACCGAGACGUCUGUUGCCAGAUUUGGAUGGUUAUCCCAUACAUCCGCACGCUGAAGCCUGUAACCGGUUUAGCAAUCCUUGGGCCGGUUUCUGUAACAUUCGAGGGCGCCGUUGGUGAAGAGAAGGAGAAGGUGAUUGAUUUUGUGGACCACGUUGACAGCUACUUGUUACGAUUUAACAAGGACAGGGCGAUGAUAUCGGAGUUUUUGUCACAUGUUUGUAAAGCUGUAACUGGAAGAGUUCCUGUUGAUGGGCAUCUAUCAUAUAUUACUACAUGA